AAUAAUAAACCUUACAAAUAUUGUAAUGCAGUAAUGAUGUGAUUUUUCUGCACUUUGAACAUUAACCUACCUCUUUUUGGGAAGUGAAUUUGUGCUUAAUUGUUCGUAGAAGAAAGUGUUCUACUGGAACGCAUGAUGUCCGCCGAGGAAAGGACCCAAAGUACAAUAAUUCAUCAUCCGAUAACAUUGCCGCGGUGUCCUAACCGUAACGUGUAGAAAUUAUCUGGAUAAAAAUAUGGGUUUGAUCUUCAGGAUGGCGAUGUUGUUACUUUUGAUUGGUAUCAUGGUGCAGGCAUGUUUAGGGGUGGAGAUUGAGGUGCCUCCUAGUGGAGAGAUUUGUAACACAACCGGCUCGGCUCAGGUGAACUAUGAGUUCUCAACGGACGUGGUCCCCGGCGAGCAUAUCGUGACAUUUCGUGGAUACUACCCCAAGUCGGCAAGGGACAACUAUGUUGGAGCUGCCAUGAGGAAUGCUGGAGUGACCAACUGGACCAUAGUACCUCGGUCGAACCCUGCAGCCGAUUAUCCCAGCGAUUUUGAUGUCAUCUCCUUUGAUGCCAAGUGGAUGAAGGCAGCUAUUGGGGCAUUAGAAGACCACCCGGCAGUCAAGCGCGUGACGGUGCAGCGGUUCGUCCAACGAACUAUAAAAUAUAUUGAUGAGGAGGACUGCGGAUCAUCAGACUGUCUGUACAGUGGCUGGAGGAACCACCGGGCCCGGGCACUUCACUCGCUCCGCCAGACUAAACAGACGUCGUACAACUCCCGUAAGCUGCUGCGCACUGUGCCGCGUCAGAUCACGUCGGUGCUGCGAGCCGACGUGCUGUGGGCUCUCGGGGUCACAGGCGAGGGCAUACGCGUGGCAGUCUUCGACACGGGUCUCGCCCGCCACCACCCGCACUUCUCCGGAGUACAGGAACGCACGGACUGGACCGGCGAGCAGUCGGCCGACGACGCUCUAGGCCAUGGGACCUUCGUGGCGGGGGUGAUUGCGUCACAGAAGCACUGCCUCGGCCUCGCACCUAAUGCGCUGCUGCAUAUCUUCAGGGUGUUUACGGAUAAUCAGGUAUCCUACACUUCUUGGUUUCUGGACGCGUUCAACUACGCCAUCAUGCGCAAGAUCGACGUGCUGAACCUCAGCAUCGGCGGACCAGACUUCAUGGACCACCCCUUCGUCGACAAAGUGUGGGAGCUCAGCGCUAAUAAGGUGAUAAUGGUCUCAGCGAUCGGCAACGACGGCCCUCUAUACGGAACCCUGAACAACCCGGCGGACCAGAUGGACGUGAUCGGCGUGGGCGGCAUCGGCUUCGACGACAGAGUGGCCCGGUUCUCCUCCCGCGGGAUGACCACCUGGGAACUGCCUGAGGGCUACGGUCGCAUGAAGCCCGACAUCGUGACCUACGGCAGCGGCGUCCGCGGGUCAGCCGUCAACGGGGGCUGCCGGUCGCUCAGCGGCACAUCAGUAGCAUCACCAGUAGUAGCUGGCGCCAUAGCCCUGCUAGCGAGCGGCGUCCCACGCUCGCACCUGUCGCCGGCGUCGGUGAAACAGGCGCUGACGGCCACGGCUAGACGGCUUCCGUCGGCCAACAUGUUCGAACAGGGCCAUGGGAAGCUUGAUCUUAUUGCUGCGUUCCAGUACCUAGCAGACUACACCCCGCGAGCGACCCUCAGCCCUCCAUACAUCGACCUGACAGAAUGCCCCUACAUGUGGCCUUAUUGCACGCAACCGAUCUACUACAGCCAACAGCCGACCAUUGUCAACGUCACCGUGACUAACGGGCUCGGCGUUGCGGGGAUCAUUAAAGAAGUUACCUGGCACCCGUACCUCCCAGACGGGGGCCUCCUCACAGUAUCCGCGUCGCACUCGGAGCCGCUCUGGCCGUGGUCGGGCUGGCUGGCGCUGCGCCUCGCCGCCGCACAGAGCGCCGCCGCCGCCGACACCACCGCCCAGGGCCACGUGAACAUAACAAUCGAGAGUCACUUGGAAUUCGGGGAAGGCACCAUUAACCAGACGCUUAUGCUUCCAAUAAGGGCGAAAAUAAUCCCGGUCCCCAACCGUUCCCGCCGCCUCCUCUGGGACCAGUUCCACAGCCUCCGCUACCCCGGCGGGUACUUCCCUCGUGACGACCUUCGAGCCAAGCAUGACCCCCUCGACUGGAGGGCUGAUCAUCCUCAUACGAACCAUCGGGAAAUGUACAAAAGGCUUCGGGAUCACCAGUACUAUGUAGAAGUGGCAGGAACUCCGUUAACCUGCAUCGACAUGUCACUAUACGGAGCGCUGCUAUUGGUGGAUCCAGAAGACGAGUAUUUCCCCGAAGAACUGGCCGCUUUGAAGAAGGCCGUCGACGAAGGACUGUCAUUGGUCGUGUUCGCUGAUUGGUACAAUGCCACUCUGCUCAAGCAUGUCAAGUUCUAUGAUGAGAACACGAGGCAGUGGUGGAUACCCGAGACCGGCGGUGCCAACAUACCGGCGCUGAACGAUCUACUCGGCAUGUUCCAGAUAGCGCUCGGCGACCGCGUGUUCACCGGCCCGUUCCGCCUGCCCCCUCACGCCAUGUUCUACGCGAGCGGCACCCACGUCCACACCUUCCCCGCACACGGGCUGCUGGUCACCGCGCAACUACACGACCAGGCCCGCCAGAUAAUGUCGGGCGAGAAGGCGGGCGCGGAGGGCGAGGGCGACACGAUGGCGGUGCCCGUGCUAGGCCUGCUGCAGACGGGCGCCGACUACGCCAACGACACCGACGCCGUGCCCAAGGCCGGUCGUAUAGUGGUCUACGGCGACUCCUCCUGUCUCGAAGGAGGCGCGAGCAAGCCCUGCCAUUGGCUGCUUCUAUCCGCAUUGCAAUACGCGAUAGCCGGGCACGUGCCGCAAGCUCUGAGGGACAUGGCCACGCCGCAUAAGGACAACCACAUUAUACCGUCAGAGCUCCCCCAACGAGCACCCGGCGGCCGCCUCGAGCUAUAUUCCCGCGUACUAGCUCGCGACGGCAGCGGGCCGCGGCCCCCGCCCCCCUGCCCCGCGCCGCCGCCGCUGCCCCCGCGCCCGGUGCCCGCGCCCCCGCGUAGGACCUUCGUGCCGAGGCCGCCGCCCCAAGACCAUGGUAUCCUCGAGACGGACAGCACAGAGCGCGCGCGCCGGGCCUGGCGUGGGGCGGGCGCCCCCCCCCGAGCGUCCAGCGCCGCCGGCUACGAGGCCACCAGCUGGCGCCUGCUGCUGCUGCUCGCGGCCGCCGCCUCGCUCUACGUGGCCACUGCGCUGUGGAACAGAUGCGGUCGCCGCCUGCGCAGGCGCCGGGUUCUGUCGCUGAGCACCUAGCACAGGGCCAAGCAGGGCCAGCACAGGCCUAGGCCCAAACACGAACCUAACUGAACUGAUCAAUAACGACCGUGCCCACUGGUAGGCCAGAUUUAUGCUCUAAAUGAAAUAUACUAUGAUCAACAACGACCCUGCCCGCUAGUAGGCCAUGUUUAUACUCUAAACUAAAUAUACUGUAUGUAUAGUUGGUUGUCAUUGCUGUUGAGACAAGUGGCGUACUAACCUUAUUUCCUGUCUCACU